AUGUCCUCCAGUGAACAGUCCGCACAGGGGCCAUCCUCUUCCUCUGAAUCCUCCACUCCUAUCACAUUCUCCGUCAAAUCCUCAAACGACACCAAGUAUACCGUUUCGCUGGCUCCGACAACCUCCGUUGCCGACCUGAAGACGAAGCUUGCCGAGCUGUCUGAUAUCGCUGCGGACAGGCAGAGACUCAUCUACUCGGGGCGCGUGAUGAGGGAUGAGGAGACACUGGCCUUUUACAAAUUACAAUCUGGCCAUACCAUCCACAUGGUCAAGGGAGCCGCCUCUAACACCGCGAGGGGUGGGGCCUCGAGUAGUGGCCCCACCACCGGCGGUUCAGACGCGAGGCCGACUGUGCCCACCAAUCUCGCUGCAGGGACAGGGAAUAACCCGCUUGCUGGCCUGACUGGUGCUAGAUACGCGGGACAUGUUCAGUUGCCUAAUGCAGAUAUGUUUGGUCCCGACGGAGGGGUAAGUCAUUGCCCCAGCGCCACAUCACUUAUCAGCCUUCCCCGGCUUCGAAAAUCUUAUUGGUCGGCUGAUCUAACAUUUCCACAACUGUCUGCUGUAGAUGGGCCCACCACCGGAUGCGGAGCAGCUUGCCCAGGCGAUGAACAAUCCCCAAUUUCAGUCCACCAUGAAUGAGCUCCUGUCUAACCCUCAGAUAAUGGACUAUAUCUUUGCCUCGAACCCUAUGCUCUCACAACUUGGGCCGGAGGUUAGACAGAUGAUGCAGUCAGACUUGUUCCGUCAAUUGAUGUCGAACCCACAAGUGCUCCGCUCAAUGUCUCAAAUGGGUGGCAGCCUUGGUCGUGGCUUCGGGAUGGGUGGUGCGGCCGCUUCUUUCCCGGAGCCUGGGAGGACUGAUACUACCCCAGCCUCUGAUUCACCAGCAGGGUCCACACCAUCCGGGUCCACCCCUAAUCCCGCGGCAGCCGGCACGCCACCCCCGCUGAAUCCCCUUUUGCCCGGCGCAGCUGGAGCCAAUCCGUUUGCUGCACUCUUCGGUGGACAGCCGCCUCGCGCGGGUGUGCCAGGUGGGUUAUACCAACUGCCCUGUAGGCCCAAUAGUGGGGUCAAUGCUAACAUGGCAAGGGUCAGGGGCUUCAUCAAGUCAAACGCCAGGCCAAACACCGGGUCAAGUGCCCGGUCAGCUACCAGGUGGCCUGGAUCCAAACAUGAUAAACUCCAUCCUGGGAGCAAUGGGCGGUGGGCAACCAAGCGGCCCCACCGGUGACCCCGCCAGUGGAGCACCUAAUCAACCUCUCCCACCCAAUCACCCCCUCGCUGGCAACAACAACCCCCUUGCAACCCUCCUCGGUGCCAACGGGAACUUGGGCACUGCGGGAGCGCUGCGGACCGCUCAAACUCAAGCGGCAGCGCCCCCGGUUGAUAAUAGGCCUCCAGAGGAGAGGUACGAAGAGCAACUGCGACAGCUCAAUGACAUGGGCUUCUACGAUUUUGACAGGAAUGUUGCUGCGCUGCGUCGGAGUGGCGGAAGUGUCCAGGGCGCGAUUAAUGCGUUGUUGGGCGGGUAGACUGGGCAUGUCAAGGGCUAUGGUGGACAAAUGUGGGAGGGGGGGCUGGGUGGUAGCUUUGCAGCUAUUCCUUUUUGUAUCACGUUCUCGGCAUCCUCUCCUUGGUUGCGGACUGGGUCCAGUGUGAUAACUAUCAGGAAAUGGAGUCCUUUUUUCGGGUUUCUCUUUUUUCUUUUUUCUUUUUUCUCUCCCUUCCUUCCUCUCGCCAUUUGUGCUCUUUCCAGAUCUUUCUCCAUUUGUGUGCUUGGUGUUUUUUUCUCCUUCUCAUUAUAUCUCAUCAAAUCGUGAUUGUUUUUCCCCACCAUCUUUUCUUCCCUCCCCUCCCCUUCCCUCCACCUCCUUGCUCGUUCUCUAUUCAUCAAGGGUAGUAAUUGAAGGCUAGGUUUUCCCAU